CCGGAGGCUGGGGUGCCGCCUCCUCUGCAACGCCGGGGCCGGAGUCUUAGAACCCAGGGCCCGUAGGGGUCCCCGCGGCUGCCGCGAUGCAGAAAUACGAGAAACUCGAGAAGAUUGGGGAAGGCACCUAUGGAACAGUAUUCAAGGCCAAAAACCGAGAGACCCAUGAGAUUGUGGCUCUGAAACGGGUGAGGCUGGAUGACGAUGAUGAGGGAGUGCCGAGCUCAGCCCUUCGGGAAAUCUGCCUACUCAAAGAGCUGAAGCACAAGAACAUCGUCAGGCUUCAUGACGUCCUGCAUAGCGACAAGAAGCUGACUUUGGUUUUUGAGUUCUGUGACCAGGACCUUAAGAAGUAUUUCGACAGCUGCAAUGGUGACCUAGAUCCUGAAAUUGUAAAGUCCUUCCUCUUCCAGCUGCUGAAAGGCCUGGGAUUCUGUCACAGCCGCAAUGUACUGCACAGGGACCUGAAGCCCCAGAACCUGCUGAUAAACAGGAACGGGGAGCUGAAAUUGGCCGAUUUUGGCUUGGCUCGAGCCUUUGGGAUCCCAGUUCGCUGUUACUCAGCUGAGGUGGUCACGCUGUGGUACCGCCCACCGGAUGUCCUCUUUGGGGCCAAGCUGUACUCCACAUCCAUCGACAUGUGGUCGGCCGGCUGCAUCUUUGCAGAGCUGGCCAACGCGGGGCGGCCUCUUUUCCCGGGCAAUGACGUAGACGACCAGUUGAAGAGAAUCUUCCGACUUCUGGGGACACCAACCGAGGAGCAGUGGCCUGCCAUGACCAAGCUGCCAGACUAUAAGCCCUACCCGAUGUACCCGGCCACAACGUCCCUGGUGAAUGUCGUACCCAAGCUCAAUGCCACAGGGAGGGACCUUCUACAGAACCUCCUGAAAUGUAACCCCGUCCAGCGCAUCUCGGCAGAGGAAGCCCUGCAACACCCCUACUUCUCCGACUUCUGCCCCCCGUAGGCUCCAGGACCUUGGCCGGGCUGGGGCCUGGCCUAUUUAAGCCCCCUCCCGGGAGGGGAGGAAAAGCCGGGGGUGCACGGGGUGCUGAGCUCCAGCUGUGCUGGGCCCGGCCGGGGUGGGGGUGCCCCGGCCCGUGUUCUUCGCUCCCUCCGUGGACUUUAUUUAAUUUCAUAAAUUGGCUCCUUUCCCACA